AUGAAGUACUCAUCGUCCAUCCUCUUCACUGCCGGCCUCGCUGCCGCGCAAUCUACCGUCGUCAACAUUUUGUUCCCCUUUGCCGACCAGCAGGACAACGGCGCGUCAGUCAUCUCGGCAGCCCCCACCGCCACCAAGUACUUCGUCACCUGCCCGCCCGGUACAAGCGACGAGGAUUGCGGACUGGCAGAUGGUGUCGAGGUCCUCUACGGCCCGUCGACCAUGGCAUACGUCAUGUCAUACUCGGGGAUCUUUACCGCCUCCGCGGACUGCCAGCUCAAUCCCUCCAAGGACGAGGCCACCUGCAGCGGGAAGCUCAUCUCGGACGAGGGGACAUCCAUCAUCGCCGAGGUCAUGUCCGGAUACAGCACCUACAUCAUGCCCGUCACCGUCACGGCCGGCCUCGAGAAGCUCUCGGCCGGCGCCGGCGCCACCAACACGGCCGCCCCCAGCAGCAGCCCUGCCACCGACGCCCCGUCGGCUUCGACCAUGACCACGGCCGCAGCGCCGACCAACUCUGAGGGCAGCGGCGAUGACGGCGCCGCCGCGGACCCGACCUCGACCCUGAGCACCGGCGGCAUGCCCCGCGUUACCCAGAACGUGGUUAUCAUGGGUGCGGCUGCGCUGGUGGGGGGUGCCAUUCUACUUUAG